UCUCCAGACGCAGGAGCUACUUAGACAAGGAAAGUGGCGUGGCGCGGACCCGGGGAACCAAAUCGCGGCACACACCACCUCACGCGAUCGGUUUGUUGGAGCUCAACCUCCUCCCUCACCUUGUUACCCCUUCAGACUAAAGGAGGGACGGAACAAUGUUUGGCUUUCACAAACCGAAGAUGUAUCGCAGUUUGGAGGGUUGCUGUAUUUGCAGGGCCAAGUCUUCAAGCUCCCGUUUCACGGACAGCAAGCGAUACGAAAAGGACUUCCAGAACUGUUUUGGUCUGCAUGAAGCUCGCUCAGGAGAUAUCUGCAAUGCUUGUGUGCUUCUGGUGAAAAGGUGGAAAAAACUGCCAGCAGGAUCAAAAAAGAAUUGGAAUCACGUGGUAGAUGCAAGGGCUGGACCGAGCCUUAAAACAACACUGAAGCCAAAGAAGAUGAAACCUCUACCUAGUAACAGGAUGAAGAGCAAUCAAAUCAGCAAACUUCAGAAAGAGUUAAAGCGACACAACUCUGAUGCUCACAGCACUACCUCAAGUGCCUCUCCAGCCCACUCGCCUUGCUAUAGCAACCAGUCUGACGAUGGUUCAGACACUGAGAUGGCACCAGGUUCAAGCCGUACACCUGUCUUCUCCUUCUUGGAUCUUACAUACUGGAAAAGGCAAAAGGUUUGCUGUGGAAUUAUUUACAAAGGCCGCUUUGGAGAAGUCCUUAUAGACACCCAUCUCUUCAAGCCCUGCUGCCGUAAUAAGCAGCCUGCCGCCGAGAAGUCUCCACCGCCGGUUCCUCCAUCCUCCACCAUCCCCAAUCAAGAAGAGUGGUGACUUCCUUAAAGAGAUGCAGAAGGAGACAGAUGCGACCUCUU